AUGACUCUUGAGGUAGAUUCUCGACAGUCUUUGGUCAAGUUCAUUACAACAACCACAUCCGUUCCUCCACUGACCGUGACUCAGCUAUCAACAGCAGGUUGUCAUAAUCAUGGCGAUUGUAGUGGACACAUCUGUCCCUCUGAUAAACACCCUUACUGCAAAAUCGACAGAUAUUCUUCAACAUGUCACUGCACAGUUUGCACGGAACACAAACAUUGUUUUUGCCCUCAAGGACUGAUUGGCCAAUGUCACUUUGAUUACAUAUAUAAUUCUCACAGCUGUGUUUGUGGACUAGCACCAGAUACGACAGUUUCAACAUCAUCAAAACACACAGCUGUACCGACAACCACAUUACGAUCCACUUCUGUAUCCUCAAUGCCAACAACUAAUUCAACACCAUUCCCGAAAACAACACAACCAACCACACUUUCAAUAACGUCAACAGCAAAAUCCACUUCUAAAAUGGUAUCUACUGCAUCGUCUUCAUCUGUUUCUUCAUCAAGUUCAGCAACCUCACCAACAUCAACUUCAGCAGCUUCGACAUCAUCAACUUCAGAUCCCUCCACAAAUCCAGUUCAUGCUGCGACAACGGGAAUACGAAAGUGUCACACAUGUGGGGACGCUAACAACUCCAUUUCCUGUGACACGAGGACCAUCUACUUAGGUAACUUACAGAGCUGUGCACCAGGUGAAGACUUCUGUAUGACUGAUAUUAUCCACGACGGACACGCUUACCCAAAAACCUAUAAAAGGUGCGUCUCGGAGCAAGAGUGUCGAAACAAAUGGCUCCAUCAAUCUUCUGAUCAAGAAUAUUGUACUAACUAUGGGAAUGUGCUUAUGUCUGGACAAUACAGCUGCCAUUUUUGUUGUGUAUCGGACGGGUGCAAUGCUGGACAGGUUCCGGAUAAGUCAACUUUUUAUACUAAAGCAUAAAAAGUCGAUGAAAACUAUCUUUUCUUGUUCCUUUAAACUAUUGCAGAAAAUAAAACUGAUUGAAAUAUAUUGAAA